GAAGCCAACAUGGCGGCUUUGAACAACCUUGUCGCUCUUGCUCGUCGUGUUCAAAUCUGCAGUAAUAAAUUAGGUCGUGUACAAUCCCUCUUACAUGGGAAACCUUUCCUAAAGACUUUGAGGACGACUCAAGUGGUUCAAGGCUCGGCUCCCACACAAAUCCUUAUGCCAGCCUUAUCACCGACAAUGGAGGAAGGUACAAUAGUCACAUGGUUGAAGAACGAGGGUGAUGCCGUCAACCCAGGAGAUGCAUUAUGUGAGAUUGAGACAGACAAAGCUACCAUCACCAUGGAUACAGAAGAGGAGGGAGUCCUUGCUAAGAUUCUCAUUCCGUCUGGUACAAGCAAAGUUAAAGUUAAUGAACUGAUUGCUCUGAUUGUUGAUGAGGGAGAAGAUAUUACAAAAGUUGAGAUUCCUGUUUCURGCCAUGUUUUACAUUCUGAAGAAGAGGUUAGCACCACAUUAUCUGAAAGUGAAGUAUUUGGGUCACAAGUCUCCUUAUCACCGGCUGUAAGAUAUCUUAUAGAUACAAACAGCCUUGAUGCUAAUCUUAUUCCAGCUACUGGGCGUGGUGGGCGUAUCUUAAAGGGGGAUAUCCUGAGAUAUCUGUCAAGUUCUGAAGUAAAGAGAAUUGCAAAAACGCCUGUUCAAAUGUCAACUGCACCAACACAGCAACCUGUACAGCCUGCUGGAAUAGCUCCACAACAGUUGCAAACACCAUCUCUACCAGGAAAACCAUCUCUACCAGGAACACCGUCUGUACUAGGAACACCGCCACUUGUUGGCAGAGCUGAGGAUGGUUAUAUUGAUAUUCCAAAUACUGGAAUGCGUUCAGUUAUUGCAAAGAGAUUGACAGAGUCUAAGACAACUAUACCUCACCUGUAUGCUUCGUCUGAGUGUUUUAUGGAUAAUUUACAAAAUAUGAGACAGCGUUUGAAAGAGAAAAAUAUUAAGGUGUCAAUAAAUGAUCUUAUUGUGAAAAUUGCUGGAAUCACGUUAAAACAAGUUCCUGAAAUGAAUGCUGUUUGGGACGGAAAAGAACCAAAGUUGCUGGAUGAAAUUGACAUUGCAGUUGCUGUGGCAACAGAUGGUGGGCUGAUAACACCUGUAAUUCGAGACGCAGCGCACUUGGAUGUCACACAAAUAUCCCUCAUUCUCAAAGACUUGGCAUCAAGAGCGAGAAGUAACAAGCUUCAGCUUCAUGAGUUCCAAGGUGGCUCGUUUACAAUUUCCAACCUCGGCAUGUUCGGAAUUACUGAAUUCUCAGCUGUAAUCAACCCUCCACAGGCUUCCAUCUUGGCUGUUGGUGGCACAAGACUUGCUUUGACAGAUGACGAUGCCCUACAAAARGUUAUGACAGUYACACUGUCCUGUGAUGCAAGGAUUGUUGAUAAUGAUCUAGYGUCAAGAUGGCUUCGAGCUUUUAAAAACAAUAUUGAAAAUCCAACAAAUGCGGGCUUAUGAACACUGAUUGAAAACAAGGCCGAGGACUAGGGAUGGGCUGGGAAUAGUAUAUUUGCAAAAAUGUCUCUUAAAAAUCAUUAUAGGCCACAAAAYAUUGUGAUAAUGAUUCAAUAGUUUCGAUAUUCCAUUUGUGUGAAUGAAGGAUGCAAUUAUUUUUGUCUCUACUAGUAAUUUUAGUCGUGCGACGCCAUCUUUGAUUUUCUAUCCCAGAAUCCUUUUCAGUCAUCAUCUUCCAGAAAUCUUCGAUCGAUGGAAGGAGGCUACCGAUUACAUUAACAAUGCUACCACAACUGAAUGUCUCAAACUGUCCCAAUCCUUUUACCCUUCAAUGGAAAAAAUCUACUUUGUAAAAAGUAAGGAAAUCUAAAUUUACAAUGUAAAACUACAGGAUUUCAGUCAAAAGAAAAGUUACAAAAUG